GUCUGUUUUCCUCUAGAUGUUGUCAUUUGACCGAUUUUUAACUCCAGAUUGCAAAUACUUCGAAUAAUUUUUGGUCAUGCGCGUGCAAUACAUAGACCUUUAUCUAUACACAUAUGCGUCAUGCAAUCAUGCCAAGUAAUUUGCACAGUCUAGCAUGUUUGCGUCAAAUCUUAAACACGGGCUUAUUUAUCUUACAUAAUUUGGGUAUGGCUUGUAUACUAUCUUAAUAUUCAUGUUAAAAAACUAAAUAACUAGAUUGAAUAAUUUUCUUCUUGAUUCAUGAUUACUUGCCACCAUUUUCAUCGUUAUCCGAUCCGUUAAGUUCAGCGAAACGUUACAUGAACUUAUUUUGUUAAAGUUGGCAUAAGCUGUUUCUAUAUUUCUUCCAUGGACCAUGGUUACUCUCACGACUUAUCAUAAAUCAUAAUGAUACCUAUACAUAAAAAUUGAAUUUUAAAAUAAUAUUAAUAAUUUAUUUCAUAAAAUGUGUUAAAUUAUUAAUUUUAACGUCUGACACGUAAUAAAAUGUACUAGUUUUAGUUGUGUAUUAUUACUCUAUGGGUUGAAUAAGAGUUAAAAAAAAGUGUUCUAUUUAAAACAAAUGGGCCAAAAUUCUAGUCAAUUCACGGAAGAAGAGUUAAAUGACUAUCAGGUAAUUAUAAAACUUAUCUAUUGAUUUAAUAUUAUUAAGAUUUUGAUAUUUAUAAGUCUACCUACCUAAUAAAACAAUCAAACUUUCUCUAGUUUCGUUUUGUUACUAAUAAUUUUUAAUAAACUUGUAAUAUUAUUAAACAUUUCGGAUAUUAUAUGAAUAAUAUGUGUAUUUUAUGGAAAUAAUUAUUGUAUACUUAUUGUUUAAAAUAUUCGAAACAUUUAAAAUAUUUAGGAGGUUAGUAAGUAAAUAACAAAUUGUAGAUUUAAUGUAGUUGUAUUAAUUUCUUUCGUAGGUAUUUGUUUCUAAGUUAUUUAGGUAACUUGAUAUUUAACGAAAUGGAUAUCUAUUUGGAUAUUUAAUACUGUAGUUUUUAAUAACUAUCAUUUAAAUAAUUAAGUAAUUUAUUAUAUUACUGCAAUUAUUCUCCAAUGUUAAAAAUGUAUACCUAUUUACUAAUUAAUAAAAUACAAAUACCUAUUACUUAUAUUAUUUUUUAUUUCUGAAGGUUGAUACCGUUUUGAACAAUCGAUAAUAUAUUUUUAUGUUCCAUGCAUUUUCAUAAUCGCAGUUGGCACUAGUGUAACAACACGUAACUCUGAGAAGAAAGCGACGGUGUUUUUUUCUCAUUAUAUUAUGCGUCUGUCUCCUUUUAACGCAAAUAAACCGAACCGAAUCGAAAUAACGCGCGUUUAUGAACAAAAUGUUGACGAUCUAGUUUAAAGAGUUGUAAUCACAUUAUAAUUUUAAUUUGUCUUAAUAUGUUUUCGAGUGUUUUAAUUAAAUGGUGAAACUUGGCUUGUUGGUUCGUAUGCCUCAUGGUGUUAAAUUUACUAUAGCCAACAGGAUGGGUGGCGGGCGGCAUAUGAUGUAAACAUCACUGCCCAACAAAUAUUUGACAUUUGUGAGUACCAUUUUUAACACGAAUUCCACCGUCACCUUUUGAUUAAAUUAAAUGUAAAUACCGAAAUUACGGAUGAACGGCAUCAGAUUAAGCCUCUUCGGUGUUUUGUCAUGGCAUCAAUAUUCAUUCGUGUAGAUGUUAAACGACGAAAAUUAUUCAUAAUAAUUAUAUUUUCGUCUAUGAAUACGUCUUCACAGGAGUCAUCCAUUUUGGCGGUUACUGUACAAAACGUUUGUUUGUACAACGAAUCAGCCAUGGACGAGAAUCCACCAUUAAAAAACGGAGAUCCCUUAGAAUUCUCCUCUGAUGAUAUUCUUGGUGUUAUGAAAAAUAUGGCAAUCGGUAAAAAUGGCAUGAUGUCUUAUGACAAUGAAACUGAACAAAUGGAAAUUGGCAAUGGGGAUACAGAUGCAAUGUUUAACAUUGGUGACAAUGAUUUAAGUUCUUUUGAACGAGAUCUUUUAGAUAAUGUAAUUGGAAUAGCUGAAGAAGAAGUAGUUACUCAAUAUGAUGAUACUCCUUCUGUAAAAGAAAAUUCAAACAAAUACAUGAACAAAGGCAAAAUGUUACAAGAACGACUUAAAAAUGUAAUAUCAAAAUUACUAAACAUACAGCUAAAAACUAUUGGCAAAUGUUCUUCUCAAGAAAUAUAUAAUGUGUUACAGUCACAAAAAAAUAGCGCCAUUAAGAACAUAAAAUCAACAUUGCUCAAAGUUCAAAAACGUCAAUCUAAUCCAUUUUUGAAAAGUUUAUUGUGCGAUGAAGUUAAAGACGAAGAAAAAGUAUUUGGAACUUUAGAGGCCCAAAUAAAAAUGCUAAAUGAAGAUUAUGACUCUGAAGCAACAGCAAGUGAUUCUGAAACUGAUACUCUAGGUGAAACAAGUGAAGAAGAUGUACAAUCUUCUAAUUGCCCCAUAGAGAAAACAAUUGCUUGGAAAUGGCUUCAUGAACGGGCAAGUAUUGCAUAUCGAAUAACAUGGCUUGUUAAUGUAAUGUCUGAUAUAGAAUUUAAAAUAAAUUUUUAUAAUGAAGCGGUAAAUCGGUAUUCUCCUCAUCCAUUUAUACAAGAUCAGGAAGAAGAAUCUAGUUCUGGUAGAAGAUGUUUUCCAUAUGAACCAAAAACUCAACGUAGAAUGUUAAUGCAGCCUCCAUUGAUAAAUUUAGCUGCAGCUUUAAAAAAAGGGGACAAAGCAAAAUUAAAUCGUAUUAAUCCUUGUGAUUGUUAUGGCAUUGACUCUUGCCCUACUUGUGUAAGUCUAAAUCGGCAUUCUACUAAUGAUUCUGGACAUUGUUUGAGUGAUACUUUUCAUCCAGUUUUAUCAUAUUCCAAAGAUAAUUCUUUAAGUGUUGCACUGUCCAAUGUAUUGGGAAAAUCAUCUUUUCAUCAAAAACAAAAAACUAAAUCUGCAAUAAACACUGAUUUUAACAAAUAUUUUGUAGAUAAAACAUCUGAACAAAGUCCUAAUAAUAUUAGACAAAUUCAACCUGUUAAGCUGCAAAAUGCUUGGCCAACUCGUAAUGAUCCGAUUACUAAAUUCAAUCGAAAUCAAAGACAGUCAAGAAAAAGAAGACGAAUUCGUUAUAGCAGCAAACAUAAAAGGAGUAGAAUUGAUGAAGAUUAUAAAUGUAACAGUCGUAGAAGUAGUGAAAGUAUUUGUGACGAAGAUGAUCUUGAUGAAGUAUAUGAAGAAGACAACUAUGACUCUGAUCCAGAUUAUAGCCCUUGGUUUCCAAGAACAGGAGAUAAAGCGUAUAAUGCAAAGCGAGAAUAUGAUAUUGACAACAUUGUUAUACCCUAUAGUAUUGCUGCUGCAUCAAGGGUUGAAAUGGUGAAAUAUAAAGAAAUAGUGACACCUAAAUGGAGGAUCGUUGAAGAAUUAGAUAUGGAUCCAGUUAAAUUUAUUACACCAAUUCCAGAACAAGAAGUUAUUGAAGACCUCGAUGAUGGAAAACGCAGUGCUCAUCAUGAUGCAUGUGAAAUGGAAGAACGGAAGAGAUUCAGAACUAUAAAAAAGCAAACUGAACGCACACACAAGAAUAGUGGUCAUUGUAGUAGUGGUGAGAAUACAUCAGAAGCAAUGUCACCCUCACCAUUAUUUGAAAAUCGAUCUCCAAUGCCUACUGUGGAAGAAGAACCAGAUGCAGGGCCUAGUAAUCAAGAUUGGAAUCAGUCAAUAAAAUAAAUAUAAUUAUUACAUUAUAAAAAAUUAAAUAUAAUUAUUAUAUUAUAUAAAAUUAUUUAUAAUUAAUAAUAUGAAAUAAAACAAUUUUAAAUAUAAAUAUAUUUUUUUUUUUUAAACCAAUAUUGUAUAUAUAAAUUGUAAAAACCAAAGUUAUACUAUGCUAUGAAUUAGUUAUACUUAUAAUUUUAGUUGUCAUAUUUAGGUAUAUUAUUUUUUUAUAAUAUCUAGAACUAAAUGUAAUAUAUAUAUUGUACCCAUUCCUUGUAUCAUACAAGUUGUAUAAUAAAAUAUUAGUCUUAACCUAAACAUUUAUUUUUAUUUUUAAAGUAGAGUAUUUUAUUAAGAUAAAUUAUUAUAUGUUGUCCUUUUUGUUUUAUUUUUAGGAUCUCACUUAUUUCACAAAAAGAGAAGUUUUGAUGUAAGUACAUAAUGAAUUAUUGGGUAACCAUUACACAAAUAAAAUAUAUGUUUUGAAAAUGUAUGUUAAUAAUUGUAAAUGAAAAAAAUGUAAUAAAAUUGUUUAGUGCACAUGAAAAGUUCAAGUCUUUAGCUCCUGAAAAAGUGGGGCAUAAUAAAAAUGCUAAAUUGGCUCUGACCAAGGUCCUUAAACUUCCUGAAUUAGCAGCUAACCCUUAUGGUGAGCGCAUGUGUCAAGUAUUCAGUUCUAGUCAAGAUGGAGACUGUACUUUUGAAGACUUUUUAGAUAUGAUGUCGGUAUUUAGUCCAAUGGCACCAGCAGAUGUCAAAGCUGAACAUAUUUUUAGAAUUUUUGGUAAGAAAAUAUUUAAAAUUCAUACAAUUAUUAUGAUCAUGAAAAUCAAUUCUCUGGUUUUCAGAAUAAAGAUCUUAAAUUUAAAAUUGAUACAUUUCUUUUAUAUAUAAACUAUUAAACCUCAUAUUCUCAAUUUUGAAUUUUAGAUUUAACUAGGAAGACCUCCCUAAAAUAUAUUCAUCAAAAAAAGCCUUAAAAAUUUUUUUGGUAUAUUUCUUCUAUGAUAUUUUAAUAACCGAUAUGAAUGUAUUAAAUUCUUAGAUAUUUUUUAAAAACCUACCUGUAAAUAAAUAAUAAAAAUUAAUUUUGAUAUUAACAAUGUUUUUUUCUGAGGUGUAUCAAAAAUUGGUUUAGGCAGAUGAAGGAAAUUUGUUUUUUCAUACAUUAAAACCAAUAAGCUGAAGUAAAAUAAACAUACUUCCAGUAUGUCAAUUUCUGUUUUGAAAAAUGAUUAAAUAAUAUAUUUCUUUUCUAUGUUUUAUAGGAAAAAUAUUUUAAUUUUUUUUGGACAAUUACCAAAAAUUUUGCUCAUGAUUUUCAAGUGUAGUAUCUCUUCUGAAAGGAAAUUUUAUAUUUUUCCUAGGGGUUUUCCUAUUAAAUGGGAAAAAAUUUACAGAAUGUAUUAUGACUAUAUUGUAAAUAUUAUGGUCUUUUAAAACAUGUAUAAUCUGAACUGUUCAGUCAUUUUUCAUAAGCAAUUAUUGAUUGUUAUGUAUAGAUAUACAUUAAAUUUUCUCAUUAUUUCUGAAAUUCUCACCUACAAUAAUGUCCUACUCAUAUAUUGCGAAGUAUGUCCGUUUAUUUUAAAGAAAACAUGUAAACUCAUCAUUUACUUAAACUAAAUAAAAAUGAACAAAGGUUUCCUACAAAAUGCAAAUAAGAAAUCAAGAGUUCAAAUACGUAUUCAAAAUUAAAAUUGGGCGAAUAAUAUUGAGUGAAUUUUACUUCAGCUUAUCAUUGGUUUAAAACGGUUGUUAAAAUCUUAAAUUUUACAAAAUGAGAUAAGCCUUAUAAGAACCAAUAUACUGUUAGAUUAAUUUUCUAAUUUAGCUGUUCUUAGAAUUGAAAAGAGUCACUGUCAACUGCCAAUUCAUUACAAAACGUAUACGUUUAUUUUUAGAAGGAUACAGUAAUAAAAAUAGAAAAAUAAAUUAAAAUUUUUGUCUUUCACCUUUAUCCUAUCUAUUUGAGAUCUGCCACUUUCGUUUUAAACUUCCACUUGAACAAAUUAACCACAUCUUCCAUUUACACUGUCCAUCUUCAUAUCAUUCUCAAUCACAUCCAACCACCUUUUUUUUCGAUCUUCCUCUUCCUCACUUUCCUGCGACAUAUUUUGUCUCUUAUUAAAUCCUCUUAUGUACUUGAUUGUAUCCUAUUUUCUCUUAUCAACUCACUCAUCAACCUAAGAAUUUUCAUGUCUGUUACAUUCAGAGCCCCAGGGCACCCGGCUUAGUAUAAAAUUUAAGGUAAAAUUAACUUUAUCAUUUGUUAUUAUUUCACUUGCUGUUUGUUUUAUUUGCAAACACAUUGCUUAGAGUAAUAAUGACUAUUGAUUGAUACUUAAAAACGCGUAUUUAAAACGUAGUAACAUAAUAUAUUUACCUAGAAAAAAAUUCAAGUGUAAGAAACGAUCUUAUUUGAUGUAUGUAUAAUUGACAUUUUAAUAUGAAUUAAAUAUAAUUGUAAAAAACAACAAAUUUGGGGGGCAAGGAAUUCUUACAAUAUUAGUUCUUAUAGCACUUACCUCUAAGUCUCACUGGAAUUCUAUUUUCUCAAAACACCCGAUGCUUUUUUACACUAAAUCCUAUAUUCCACAUUCUGUUCAAAGCCAUUGUUCUUUUGUGCAAAAGAUCCUAGUUACUUAAAACUCAACUUUUUAAGAGUAAAAAUACAUGCAUAUGAAUUAUUAAUGUAAAUUAAAAUUAGUUAUAAAUACAUAAAUAUAUUUAAAUUAUUUAGAGUUGUUCAAAUAUCUUAUUUUGUUGGAGGAAAAUUUCACUGGAUUUAUUUAGGGAAUAAUAAGAGGGGUAAGCUAUCAACAAUUUUAACCUCCAAUUGUAUCAAUAUAAGUAAAUGGGAGUGCUGAUUUGAUAGUUUUAUACCUUUCAAAAAUUAGCUCUAAUUUUGCUUAUGAGUAAAAUGCAUUAUAACAUAGGGUUGCCAUAGAACCCGAAAAACCAGAACUGGUCUUCACUGUCACUGGUUUUCAACUUGUACUGGUUUCCCUUAAAUAAAUGUCGCCAAUAUGUCCCAGUUUUGAGAAAAAAUUAAUAUUAUUUUUUUUCGAAUUACAAUUGUGAUUCAGAAAUUACGAUAAGAUUUUAAUGAAUACGGGGUUAAAAUCUUAUAUAUCUAAUAUACAAAUAAGUUAUUACUUGUAUGUUUUAUAACAAUCUUUCUGAUGAUUAUAAAGUAAGUACUAUUUUUGUUGUAUUGUUUUAGUUUAUAAGAUAAUAAGUCAGUUUUUUUUUUAAUAAAUUUAAUCAUAUAGGUAUCAUAUUAGAUACCUUGAUUCAUAUGAAUCAUAUUUGUAGUCCAAUUUUAUUUGCUAUUUUUUCUAUUCGUCCCGAUUUGCUUUAUACAAUUAUGGCAACCCUAAAAUAUGAUAUGGUUUAAAAUUAAAAACUAUGGAUACUAUAGGAGCUAUAGUUAUACAUGCAAUUUUUUUCCCUUAAACAUGAAUAGAUAAAAAAUAACUAAAUUUAAUCAUUUUCUAAUUGAUUUAUAAUAUCUACUUAAAUUUGAAUUACGUUUUGAUGUAUAAUAACUAUAGUAGAUAAAUAAAUAAAUAAAAAUAAAUAAAUUAAUGGUUCACCUGGAGUAUUAUGAUAAGUGUAUUAUACAACCAGAUUCGAAUUAAAAAUUUAAAUGCAUACAUUUUGACUGUAAUAUACCUGAUGAUAAGUUUUUAAUUCUAAACCGGUUGUAUAAAACACUUAUCAUAAUACUCCAGGGAAACCAUUAAUUAAUUAAUUUUUAUUUAUAUAUUUAUUUACAUGUAUUAACCAUUUUAGUAAUUUUGUUUUUACUUUAUUAUUUUAUUAAAUUAUUUGUAAUUUCAUUUCAACAUAGUAUAGCUACAAAAUAUAUGUAAACUUUGCCAUACAAUUUCAAACAUAUUUAAACUAGAUAUAUUUUAUUAUAAAUAGAUUUUGAUGGAGAUGAUAUGUUGGGAGUCGGGGAUAUAAAAAAAGUAAUUCAGUGUUUAAUUGGAGAACAAAAUUCUUUUAAUGAAAAUGAUCUCAAACGUCUGGUACAAAAAAUAUUUGAAGAAGUUGACUUUGAUGAUGAUGGUGCUCUUUCAUUUUCUGAAUUUGAACAUGUUACUGAUAUGUGCCCAGAUUUCAUGAAGUCAGUAUAAAUUUCUUGUAUUAUCAUAAUAUCUAUUUAUUAUUUAUUUUUAUUGUUUUAAGAGUAAAAUUGUAUAUUAGGUAGUUUUUUUUAUUGCACGCAAACUGUUUGUUUUUUAAUUAAAAAAAGAUAGGUAUGUGUUUUUUAAAUAAAAUUAUAAAACUUUAUAAUUUUAUACUUCAAUUGCAUUAUUGCUUACACAGGUGCAUACUAUGGAAUAAUAUACAAUUACUAUUGUCUGUUAUCAUUGAGUAUAAUCAAGGGUCAAGCUUAUCUGUUCAAUGUUUCAAUUUAUUUUAUUACCUACUACAAGUAUAGUACAAAUAGGUUCAGAAUGGUAAUUUAAAGUUGGUACCUAAAUUUAUAAAAUAUCAAAUAUGUAUGCUAUUUUAAUAAUUAAAAAGUAUUUAAUUCUUUGAUCUAAAAAAUGUUUUACAAAAACUAGUUAUGAAAAAUAAAGUCAUUCUCUAUAAAAAAAAUUUUCACUUAUUCAAUUGUGUAAUUAUAAAUAAUUCCAUGGUUGCCAUAGUUUUUUAAAACAGAAGAGUCAGGGAGUUUAUAUGAAAUUCUAGAUUUUUAAUUAUAAACUUCAAUUAUAAUAUAAAUUAUUUUGUUGUCUUUAAUACUAUAACCAAUACUCAUAAAGAUGGUAUUAAAUUUCAAAAAAAGUGAAAGUAGCAAAUAUAUUUUUAAUAUAUAUUAUUUAUUUUCUCUGGUAAACUGGAAAAUAAUAUCACAGAAAAGUUAAGAUAAACUCAAAACGUAAUUUUGUGGCAACCAUAGAUUUAUGUACAUAUUGUUAUAUUAGAUUUGUCUAGUUAUAAAUUUAAAAAAUAAAGAAAUAUGUUUAAAAAAGUUUUAAAUUGGUAACCCAUUAAAAUAUGCCCAAAUUUCCUAAACUCAAUUUUACGAGGCCCAUAACAUUGAAGUUAUGUUUUCCACCAGGGGUUGUAAAAUGCUUUCCACACAGCCUUUCAGCCAUUGUUCAAAUGACCUUUAGGUUCUUGAGUAGUCUGCACAGUAGACCAUAUCCGCCCUCAACUUCCAAAAUGUGUUUUAUUGUUAUGUCUAUAAUACCCAGGAUUAAAUAUAUAUUUGGAAUACAAUUUAGAAACAUAAAUUAUUUUAACUAUUUAAUUAUUAUUAACAUAGCUGUAAUAUAUUUGAAGAGAUAUACAAUUUAUUUAAAUUAAUGCCCUUCCAAAAUAAUCAUGUAAUAAUAUUGAUAUACCCCUUACUAAAGCAUUUUGACUAGGGCUUGAAUUUUGUUGCAAUUAAAAGAUUAAGUCUAAUUGAUUGCAUUGAACCGUUAUAAAAAUUACAAGUAUAUAAUUUAAAAUUACACUAAAAUGUAACAAAAUUCUUCUAUCCCUUGAAAAUAUGUGUGCCAAAAAGUUGUUUGUUAUAUUUUAACUUGUUUCUCGCAUGAAACAAAUUUAAAACUAACUUGGCAUAACAUUGAAAUAUUAGAAAAAGUGGCAAAUACAACAAUAUUAGAGUCCUAAUUAUAAAGAGGUACUUGUUAACAAAUGUCAGAAUUUCAUAAUGCCAUAUAAUUGAUUAAUAUUUUUUUACAGAAUAUGAUAGCUGCAUGAAAAAGGAAAGUACUCAAAUCCAUACAUUUUUUUUCUAAAAUAUUCAAUGAAAUAUGUUUUUUUUUUUUAUGUAACAGAGAGAACAACUUUUAUUUAAUAAAGUUAAUAAUAACAAUAAUUUGUUUAUUUAAUUCAUAAUUAUAGUAUUAAUUAUCCAUAAACUAAACCAAAAAAUGGUUAAAAAACUAAUGUGCUAUAUGCUUGAUUUUAACUAUGUUGUAAUCAGGUUUUAAAAUUUAAAUUAUACAUGAAAUAUCCCAUAGAAUGUGAGAAGUUUUAUCAGAUUUUAUUUUGCUUGGCAAAUAAUGUAGCUUAGCAUUUUAUGAGAUUUGGAAUGCUGACAGACCUAGUUAUUUGACCAUAUAUACUUUUGUGUAUAUGUGUUUUUAGAUAUUUUCAAGUGUUGUUAAUAUAUAUAUAUAUAUUAUAGUUAUUUUAGUAAUUAGUAAACGCUUGUAGACUGUAUUUUUUAGUGUUAAAAUGUUUCCAUAUUUGUGUUGAAUAUUAAAUCUUUAACUUGAAUACAAAUUAAUAGUAAAUACAACAUACAAACAUGGGCGCUCAUAUGGUAAUAUGGGAUCAGGGUUCCAAACAUAUGUAAUCACUAAUAAUUUAGCUUAUGUGUUAGGCUCAAGAAAAACCAAUUUUUUGUAAGUGUUAUUUUUCAAGGGAAAAACAUGUCCCCUCCCAUGUAUACAUGCUCCCAUGCAUACACAUUAAUUAAAAAUAUACUGUUUCAUGUUAAUUUUAUUAUAUUUAUAAUUUUGUAAUUUACUUUUUCAGAAUGUUCAGUAUUAAUCUAUGAAAAGCAAGAAGAAUAUAAUGCUAAAAAUAAAGUGAUGGAAAAAUUAUAAUUAUAUUUUUAAUUUUUGUUUUUUUUAAAUUACAACUCAAUAAAUUGAUAAAUAUUGAUUGAUAUAUGAAAAAAAUUGUGAUUUGUUCAUUUCAAAGUAGAUUUUCAAUAUCCUGUUUUCAAGUAGCCUCUGAAAAAAAACAAUAUUAGUUUAUUAUUCAAGAAAAUUUUAG